AUGCGCAUCACCAUCACCUCCGAAGCAGGAGAUCACUUCAUCAACCUCGACGUCGACCCCUCGAUGGAGGUCGAGAAUGUAAAGGCAUUGUUGGAAGCCGAGGUGAGUACGCGCUCGGUUGUUCGAAGAUCGCAGGACCAGAAGCUGUGGACGGUGUUGUUGGGUGUUGGACUCCCGCUUUCCCCCCGCCCGUCCCCCCACAUGGAGGGCGCUUCGUCAUCGCUCGAUCCGAGACUCUGACGGAGGCGCUGACCAGCUCUCCUACAAUCAUCGGAAUCCAGUCCAACGUUCCCACAGCAGACCAACUUCUUUUCUUCUCCGGUCGACAACUCUUGGGGGACAAGGACUCUUUGGCGGUGAGUCAACCUCCUGAUCCAACUUGGGACCGCUUGCGAGAGUCGAGACUCACGGCAUUCGAUUUUGAGCGGGGGCGCACAGAGCUACGACAUCAAAGAGGACGACAUGCUUCUCUUGAGGAGAAAGAGCAACGAACCUGCCGCUGCACCUUCGGUCGCGGGGCGUAAUGUCGAGACCGAUGCCGAGACGAUGCGCCAGCAACUCAUCGGGAACCCUCAAUUGCUGUCGCAGUUGCAGAGGGUGAGUUGCUCGCGAGCUUCGCGGUCAUCACCUCAAACUUGCAAAGUAAACCGUAUCUCGCGUGUCGUGCAUCACAGACGCAACCCGAAUUCGCCGACGCAGCGCUCAACAACCCCGACCGAUUCCGCGACAUGCUCUCAAGGUUUUCGGCGAUGCAACAAUCCGCGCAACUGACCCAACAGCACGAGGCCGACUUGCUCAGUAGCGAUCCUUACAACGUCGAGGCGCAACGCAAGAUCGAGGAGGCGAUUCGGCAAGAGGCAGUGUUGGAGAACAUGGAAACGGCUUGGGAGAAUAUGCCCGAAGCGUUGAGUCCAGAGCUGAUGCGCGUGAGCCUGACGUGAGCGAAGAGCUUGCUCAUCCUUUGGGUUCUCGCACUAGUUUCGGGCAGGUACAUAUGCUUUACGUCAAUGUCGAGGUCAACGGGCACUCGGUCAAGGCAUUCGUCGAUUCUGGAGCCCAAGCCACGAUCAGUCAGUGGAGCCCUCGGUCGAAGGCUGCCACCGCAGCAGACACUGACGAAUUUACCCAAUACCUUUGCAGUGUCGCCCGAUUGUGCCGAACGAUGUGGUAUCAUGCGCUUGCUCGACACUCGUUUCGCUGGCAUGGCUCGAGGUGUGGGAACGGCCAAGAUCUUGGGACGAGUACACAGCGCUCAACUCAAGAUGGGCCAAGACCUCUUCCUCCAAUGCAGUUUCACAAUCUUAGAGGUGCGUGUGGUGUUGAGGGGCUAUCAUGUCCCUUGGAUGCGCUGUGGAAAAAGCGGUUGACCAUUUCUACCUGUGCUUGGCUCCGCACAGGGCAAGGACGUUGACUUGUUGUUUGGGCUGGACAUGCUGAAGCGACACCAGGCGUGCAUCGACUUGCAGAAGGAUGCGCUCGUUAUCCAAGGGAGGGAGAUCAGGUUCUUGUCCGAGCACGAACUGCCGAAUGGCUUCGAAAAUGGGCCGAUGGGGGAUGAGCCAGCUGGGUGAGCGGAUGGUUCCUGGUCAAAGUCGAAUUGAGUUGAAACAACUGCCUAACAAGAGUAUGUCAGCGCCCACAGAACAUCGCAAUCAUUGUCCACGCCAGCAGUCGGCUCAGGCCUCGGUUCAGCAUCAGCACCAACGGCGUCGACUUCCUCCUUCCCGGGAUCGGGCCAAGCCUUGGGAGCGCCUCCGAACCGAGCCGCCCCGUUGACAGGGCCGUCCUCCUCCUCCUCCUCCUCAUUCGUCCCCUCCUCCGGCCCCACAUCAACCUCGACCUCGACGACGACACCACAGCCCCCUUCCAAACAUUUCGAAGACAAGAUCUCUAACCUUGUUGCUUUGGGCGUUUCGAGACCCGAGGCGAUCAAAUUGCUCGAUUUGACGAAUGGCCACGUCGAACAAGCUGCUGGGCUGCUCUUUUCGGGCGAUUUCUGA